AUGCAUGUCGCGGCUUCAUCGGGGCCCAAUGUGUCCUGGUGGACACUGGCCAACGUUUCCAGCUGCCCCGGCUGCGUCGCCAACGCAUCCGACGGCCUGGGCCCCGCGCCGCGACUGCUGGACGCCUGGCUCGUCCCGCUCUUCUUCGCCGCGCUCAUGGUGCUCGGCCUGGUGGGGAACUCGCUGGUCAUCUAUGUCAUCUGCCGCCACAAGCAGAUGCGCACGGUGACCAACUUCUACAUCGCCAACCUGGCGGUCACGGAUGUGACCUUCUUGCUGUGCUGCGUGCCCUUCACGGCCCUGCUCUACCCACUGCCCGCCUGGGUGCUGGGCGACUUCAUGUGCAAAUUCGUCAACUACAUCCAGCAGGUCUCAGUGCAGGCCACAUGCGCCACCCUAACGGCCAUGAGCGUGGACCGCUGGUACGUGACGGUGUUUCCGCUGCGCGCCCUGCACCGCCGCACUCCGCGCCUGGCGCUGGCAGUCAGCCUCAGCAUCUGGGUGGGCUCUGCGGCCGUGUCUGCCCCGGUGCUCGCGCUGCACCGCCUCUCCACCGGACCGCGCACCUACUGCAGCGAGGCGUUCCCCAGCCGCGCCCUGGAGCGCGCCUUCGCGCUCUACAACUUGCUGGCGCUCUACCUGCUGCCCCUGCUGGCCACCUGUGCCUGUUACGGCGCCAUGCUGCGCCACCUGGGCCGCGCCGCCGUGCGCCCCGCACCCGCGGAAGGGGCCCUGCAGGGACAGCUGUUGGCUGAGCGCGCAGGAGCCGUGCGUGCCAAGGUCUCCAGGCUGGUGGCAGCCGUGGUCCUGCUCUUUGCUGCCUGCUGGGGCCCCAUCCAGUUGUUCCUGGUGCUGCAGGCUCUGGGCCCAGCUGGCUCGUGGCACCCGCGCAGCUACGCUGCCUAUGCAAUUAAGAUCUGGGCACACUGUAUGUCCUACAGCAACUCGGCGCUGAACCCGUUGCUCUACGCCUUCCUGGGCUCCCAUUUCCGACAGGCCUUCCGCCGCGUGUGCCCCUGUGCCCCUGGACGCCAGCGUCAGCCACGAGCACCCGGACUGGACCCCAUGGGGGAGCUGCACAGCCUGGCCCCGCAUCCUGCCCCGGCCAGAGCGCCAAAGCUCUCAGCCCCUCUCUGAGCUUACACUAUGGGAAUCCACUGGAGUGGGGCUCUAAUUAUUGUCAUUAAUAUUGUGUGUGUGUGUGUGAGUGUGCAGGUG